AAGAGAAUACUAUAAAAGAUGAAUGUCGUGUUUGUUGCUAAUGCUAUUAUCAUCACUGUGAGCAUCUGCUCAUUGCUGAUCAAUAACGUAGCUGCUUCAAACUCGAGCAGAGAAUUGAAGGCGUUGAUGGAUUUUGGAUGGCCUUAUAUCAACUCCACUGCUCAUCACUGCCACAUGGAAGGCAUUACCUGUGACGAUCAUGGCCGCGUUGCAGAGCUAAGCCUACAAACUGUUGUAGGAUGCGAUGAUGAAUUUCAGUGUCACGACGUUGGCUAUUUGGAUCCACUUGUUUUCACAUCACUCACUAGCAUUCAUCUCACCGAAUGUGGUCUCUAUGGAGCUAUCCCACCAAACAUAGGUUACCUCUCCAACCUAUCUUAUCUCAAUUUCUCGAAUAAUCUACUCAAUUCCCAACUGCCUCUUUCAUUGGCAAACCUCAGUGAGUUACUUGUGCUUGACAUUUCUUAUAACUAUGGCAUUUAUGGUCUGAUUCCACCUGAUAUAGGAAGCUUAUCCAAACUUACUCAUCUCUAUUUGAGCUUCAAUAACAUCAAUGGCUCUUUGCCCUCAACUAUGAGCCAAUUAACAAGAUUGGAAAUCUUGAAAUUGGAUGGCAAUAGGUUGGAAGGUGUUUUCGAAGCAGGAAUACACAUGCUUCCUUCUAUCAAAACCAUAGGCCUCAGAGAGUGUUCAAUAGGAGGAAGGAUACCUUCUCAACUGGGAAAUGUUGCUAAUGCAAAGUUUCUUAAUAUCAAUCUUUCUACAAACCAUCUUAUUGGUGAAGUCCCUAUAUCUAUUUCAAGUUUGGAGGGAAUCGAUUUGUCCUAUAAUAAUUUAGAAGGUGAGAUUCCAGCCAACGUAUGGCGUAAGUUUGGGAUCGAAUCGUUCCAAGGGAACACCAAUUUACAUCCUCCAAAGGAAUCCAGGAUUCAAGAAAAACGAGACAAUUCAAAAUUAAUUCUUGCUGUGGUGAUGGUAUUUGUCUGUGUGUUUCUGUUUACACUUUUCUUUGGAGUCUUUUUGUUGAGAAAGAAAGCAGUAGUUGCAGCCACACCUGAUUUGGGACAUGGAAACAUAUUCAAGAUAUGGAAUUUCGAUGGCAACAUGGCAUAUCAAGACAUCAUCGAAGCAACCCAAGACUUUGACUUGAGAUACUGCAUUGGAACUGGUGCCUACGGAAGCGUCUAUAGAGCAGUAUUGCCCACGAGAAAAGUUGUUGCAGUUAAAAAGCUUCACAGUUUUGAAGGAGAUAAUCCUACUUUUGACUCCUCUUUUAGGAAUGAAGCCAAGCUUCUCUCUCAGAUUCGCCACCGUAAUAUUGUGAAGCUUCUCGGCUUCUGUAUGCACCAACGGAGCAUGUUUCUCAUCUACGACUACAUGGAAAGAGGAAGCCUCUUUAGCGUGUUAAAGGAUGACGACGAAGCUGUGGAGCUGAACUGGAAGAAGAGGUUAAAUGUGGUGAAGGGCAUUGCAAAUGCCCUAUCUUACAUGCAUCAUGAUUGCAGCCCUCCUAUUUUACACAGAGACAUAUCGAGCAAAAACAUACUCUUGGAUUCAGAGUUCGAAGGCUGUUUAUCUGAUUUUGGGACAGCUAGAUUGUUGGAUCCAGAUUCAUCUAAUCAGACCCUACCUGUGGGAACUCGAGGAUAUAUUGCACCAGAGUUGGCCUUCACAAUGGUUGUUACAGAAAAAUGUGAUGUAUACAGCUUUGGAGUUUUGGCAUUGGAAGUCAUGUUUGGAGAUCAUCCAGGGGAUUUCAUUUCCUCCAUGACAAUGGUGAAGAGAUCCACGCAGUUUGUUCAAAACAUGAUGGUGCAACAACUCAUGGACAAGAGGAUACCAUCUCCAGACGAAGAUGUAAGAGUGUCGAGGGAAGUGGUUGGAGUGGUGAAAACAGCACUGAGAUGCAUAAGCUCUGAUCCAAACUCGCGGCCGUGUAUGAAGGAGGUGUCUCAGGAGCUCGCUAAACAUCCACCACGGUUGACAAUGCCAUUCCGCUCAAUAUCAGUGCUUCAUCUCAUGCACACAGACUGAGCUCCUAUGAAUAUUCCUUAUUUUCUUCUUCUUCUUUUUCUUCAAUUAUGUAGUGAAUAUUUGUAGAAUCAAGAUGUAAUGUAUCUUGGUAUAGGUCAUCCCUAGUUACUUUUGUUCUGUUUUUUACAAACUAGGUUAUUUUACUUAGCUUAGUCCUUAUGGAAA